AGGUUUGGUCGUUACCGUCGGCUAUGUGGAUCCAACUACCAUAUUUCCGUCCAACAAAUAUUUGAAUCAGAAGCAAAACUGAGGCUUCAGAACUCGCUGGUUUUUCCAGAUAUGAAAGAACUGUUCCAACCUAGCAGUAUUGUGUUUGAUGCAGCCAAGGUGAUAGAAGAAUAUGGCAUCAAGUUGACUGAAGAGGACGUGAAAUCAAAAAAAGAAAGCUUGCCUGCAAUAGUGUAUAUUGCAGGUUACUGUGCCCACGCCACUCUCAGGAAAAUUCCCUGUGAAUAUUGUGCGGCCAACAUCACGAGACAAGAUAGGGAUAUACCGAUGGUUGAUGAUAUGCUAAUCGAAGGCCUCACAAGAGGGGCCCUAAAAUUUCCCCAACCAGUAGUAAUAAGUGCUGUUCUGCACACACAAAUCGUGCUUGAAAAGCUGACCUCGAAAGAGAACACCAGCCGGUGUCAUGCAGCACGGCACCAAAGGCAGCUUCUUCUCAGUGUGGUGAAGCACCUUUUAAUUGACAAUGAAGAUUUAGACAUACGUUGCAAAGGACACCAUCCGGAGACAGUGCUUCACAACAUCUUGUGGGCAGCAACCAACACCUUACUGAAAAACUACGUCCAAAUGAAAACCGACAAGUUAACGGCGGCAAAGAAGGGUGCAACACUGAAGAGGAAACUGAAAACGCUCAAUUAA